AGCCUGAAAACUGUCGCUAAGUAUCAAGCCCAAAGUUCAAACCUCAGGCCGCGUCAGCCACAGGCAGUAAAGCUAAACCUCAGCACUCAAGUCUCCAUCCAAGUGACAAACGAGAAUUGGUGGUCACGCCCCUUUCAUUGUUUCGUCGACCACGACUUGGAUUUCGACAGGACCUUGAAUUGUCUGUUCGUCUCAUCCAUAUCAGCGACGCUCGACGAGGAGCGAGAAGCAGGCAGUCAGCAUGGCGUCUGCGGCGAGUGAUAUGACCAUUGACGAUGCGUGGGAAUAUACGAAGAGUGCCGUGUUGGCAGCAUGGUCGAAGACGACGCGGCGGAUGCGCGCUGCAGGCGCUGUAUUAAUAUUUGUCAUCAUGUCAUUCCUCCUCUUCCGCCCCUCCAUACCCACCAUCCCUCAUCUCCCAAAAGCACCCAGCAUCCACCUAGAAUACGGCAAUGCGCCAGCCGAAUCGCCCUACAACGUCUCCAAAGUCGCCCUCCUAAUCGAGAACCGGAAGAACCCCAUCCUCGCUCCUCUGAUGCUCCAUUUCAUGUCCGUCGUGCCCCCCGACUGGCGAUUCCGCUUCAUGGGCUCCGACGAAUCCGUCGAGUACCUAAACCAGAGUCGAGCGAUCAGAAACCACGUCGCGAGCGGGAAGCUGGAUUUGACAUACAUCCCCGCGAACAUGACGACGGGAUCUCAAGAGGAGAUCUCCCGGUUCUUGACGACGCUCUGGCUUUAUGAGACGGUGCUGCAGCCUGCGGAGUGGCUGCUGGUUUUCCAGACGGAUAGUAUGCUCUGUGCGAAUUCGAGACAGAGUCUGAAUAAUUGGCUGGACUACGAUUGGGUCGGCGCACCGUGGAACCCCAAUGGGCGAUUUGGAGGGAAUGGAGGGUUGAGUUUGAGGCGGGUGAGUAAGAUUGUGGAUGUUUUGAGGAACCAGCAACGGAUCCCGAAUACGGAGCCGGAGGAUGUGUGGCUCACGGAUCGAUUGGGACAUCGACCGGAUGCGAAGCUCGCCAACGGGACGGUGAGCUUGACGUUCAGCGGCGAGAUGUAUGGUGGUGAAGGGGAGAAGGUGGGGGGCAAGAAGAAGAAGCCUAAUUCUGAUCCUACGAAAGCUGGGGAACUGAUCAAGGGCAUUGAUGAUUGGAGAGAUGGGUUCUAUGAGCCGAUGGGAUACCACACUGGUGGAUCCGGACGGACGCUGCAUGGGGGUAUCUGGGGAACGCCAGAGAUGAGGAAACAUAUCUGGGGAUACUGCCCAGAGGUGAAGAUGAUGCUUGAGAUGGACGCAGCGAAGUUUGUCCCAGGAGAUUGUCACAACAACUGGAAGAGGAUGGAGGAGGGAUGGGAUGGGAUGUACGGGAACAUGGGAUCGAGUGAGGGCCAGACGGAGUGGAUCGAUGGAGAGGAAUAUCCUAUGUUACCAGCUGGGCUGAUGCCUUGGUAGACUCGAAUCGUUGUUUGU